UCUGUUACAGAGCAGGUGGGAUGGCGAAGAGGAUCGCAGACAAGGAGUUAACGGACAGGAACUGGGAUCAGGAGGAGGAGGGAGAGGAGGCCGGGACGUUUUCAGUUGCAAGUGAAGAUGUGUUGAAGAACCGAGUGGUUAAAAAGGCCAAACGCCGCAACGUUGGAGCAGAGGGAGACAACAGCGGAGCUUUCAAAGGUUUCAAAGGUUUUUCUUUGACCAAGCCGGCGGCGGCGAGCGCAGCCUCGCCUCCGACCAUGUUCUCUGGGUUUGGUAACGGAGGAGGAUUUCAAGGCCUCGGCAGCCUGACCAACGGAAACAGCAUCAGUCCGUCAUUCGGAGGUUUCUCAUCUCCGGCCACGUCCACUGUGACUCCAGGUCUGACGUUCAACAGCCCCUCCUCCGCCAAACCCAUUGCUGAAAUCACAGCCAAGCAGACCAAUGGCUCCUCCCCAAGUCCGGCUCAAAGCUUCGGCAGCAUCGGCGGCGGCAGCAGUGUCGGCAACAAGGAGUACAGCCGGCAGCUCACCGCGCUCAACUGCUCUGUGCGCGACUGGAUCACCAAACACGUGAACGACAACCCUCUGUGCGACCUCAACCCCAUCUUCAGGGAUUAUGAGCGGCACCUGGCCAGCAUCGAGCGGCAGUACGGCGCCGGAUCAGCUGCUGCGGCUGACGGAGGCUCGGAGGAGAAGAAGCCGGCAGGGACGCCCACCUCAUCCACCCCUCCUCCUCCCUCAUCUUCCUCCCCCAGCAGCUCGGCGGCUCCGGCUCCAGCCGCCACUUUGUUCUCCUUUGCCAAAAAAUCCACAGACGACUCGACCCAAGACAAAAGCUCCCCCGCCGCUCCGAUCCCCGCCGGCAUCACGUUUAACUUCGGGCAGAAGGUGGACAGCUCCGUCCUCGGAUCCUUAGGGUCCAAAUCGAUGACCCCCAGCUUCUCCUUCAGCGCCUCCUCCAGUCAGACCUCGGUGUUCGGAGCUCCAGGAUCUGCUGCUUCUCGGUCCUUCAGCGGGACGAAGGCUGAGGACGCUCAGCCUGUAGUCGAGAACGGAGAGGAAGAGUCGGAGGAGCCGCCGAAACCUGACGUCAAAGAGGUGAAAGAGGAAGAUGCGUUCUUCUCCAAGAAGUGUAAAAUGUUCUACAAGAAGGACUCGGAGUUCAAGGAGAAGGGAGUCGGAACUCUGCACCUCAAACAGAUCGAGGACGGGAAAACUCAGAUGGUCAUUCGGGCCGACACCAACCUGGGUAAUAAAACAACUUGUUCAGUGGACGGAGCUCGAAACGACGGCUUCACAUCUGUUUCUCACAAACCACAGGAUCAAGAGUGACUGUGAACAGUUGAACAAAUCCA